UAUGUCGGCAGUUCCGGGUUGUAUUUGUAUUUUAUAUUGCACAAAACAGCAUGGUGAUCUGAGAAAUGGCUCGGGUAGACUGUGGCUUCGAUAUCUGAAAGUGACAGGUUAUGAUAGCAUCCAUCAAGGCUUGUGGCUGAGUUUGGAGUCACUCUGGUAGGAGGCAUGUAAUGGAUUUGGCAGCCAUUUUGAGUCAACAUAUUUUUUAGGUCUUUGAAGUUCUGCUCAGAUGUCUUGUGAGUGUCAAUGUUUGUGUCACCCAGGAUCACUAUUUUGUGAUGCUUUGCUGAGAAAUUCUGCAGCAGGCCUCCAAGUUUAGUGAGGAAUUCCUUUAUAUUACCUGGGUCAGGUGAUCUAUAGGUUCCAAUCAAAAUCAGGAAGGUUCAAGAUGAGCAUUAUAUCAGGAAAUUCGAGUACACCGAGCCGAAGAUCGUCAUCAAAGCUGAUUAGAGAAGGCAGUAUCAUUUCUAGACCUAUUUCCCAAGCUGGUGAAAUGAAUACAGAUGAAUAUAUUGCAAAAAUGGAGGAAAUGGAUGAGCUACUUUCAAACUUGGAAGAAAAAAUGAAUAGCGUUGAAAUGAAGCUAGGAGAAGUCGAUGAGAUUCUUGAUAAUCAUGAACAGAAGCAUAACCAAAUGAUUGCUUUUGAAAAGAAAAUUGUAAAAGAAAAACUAGCACUGAAGAAACUGGAAGAACAGCAUGUUGAAUUGAACGUCUGAUUUGAAACAUUCCCAGAGAAUUGACAAAAGUAAUAAUUUCAAAUCAUUAUAAAGCUCUGCAUAUUUUGUUUUAGAAAUUUCAUGUGGCUCAAUAUUUACAAAUAAAUGUGAAUUUUAUUGUAAAAAAAUUAAAAAUGUUCAAUACAAUAGGUAAUGUAAAUUAUUGUUUCUUGUUACCUAUUCUAAUGACUGUCACUUCAAUCAGAUUAUUCAACUAUAUCUUGUCAAAAAAUCAUGUCCUAUAUGAUUCAAUUUGUUAUGAAUUUUAUUGGUCAAAACCCCACCCCUUUAUUGGUUGCAUAAUUGGGUUAAGGAUAAAAUAAAAUUGAACUUAUUA